AUGAACAAAAUCUACAAACUGUCGGGUAACAUCAAGGUAAGAAACACCAUUUAUGCUGGAGCUGGGAUUGGGCUCUCAGGCAACAGCUUCCUUCUUCUGUUCCAGGUCCUCAAGUUCAUUCGUGGGCAGAGGCCCAGACUCACUGAUCUUCCCAUCAGUCUCUUGGCCCUAAUCCACAUACUGAUGCUGGUAGUCGUGAGUUUAGUAACUACAGACAUUUUUAUGCCAGGGAAGAGAUGGAGUGCCUCCACAUGCAAAUUUGUUAUGUUCUUGCACAAGUAUUUUAGGAGCCUCUCUCUUUGUGCCACUAGCCUGCUCAGCAUCCUCCAGGCCAUCACCCUCAGUCCCAGAAGUUCCCGUCUAACAAAAUUCAAAUGUAAAUCUCCACACCACAUGCUAGGUUGCCUUCUUUUCCUGAGUAUCUUUUAUUCAUCCAUUAGCAGUCCCCUUAUAACAUACAUAACUGUGAUGCCUAAUCUGACCUCACCUGGUUUUAUAUACCUCGGUCAAUCUUGCUGUGUUGUGCCCAUGAACUACUCUGUCCAUCACACAUUUUUUAUAUUGUUGACCUCC